UUGUACGCGUUCCAUUACCUCAUAGAUCUGCCGGGGGAUUUGUGGAUAAGCGAAUUAAGUAGCACGAGACACGUCCCGAAACGAGCAUACUGAAUGGAAUUCCUCGGUGUUUUCGAUCACUUGCACACCCAAUUCUUAUUCACGUUCUCCAAUUUCCAAAUAAUCUUAUCGUUACUAUUUCCAACGAACGAUGCGAAUGCUGCAUCAAAGAGCAUUAGUGUAGGUUAAAGUAUGCUUAGCAUCUUUUAGGAGAAUACUGUAAUGCUCUUUCAAUAGGAUGCAAAAGAGACUUUAUCAUCGUCUCUUCCUACUUCAUAUAUCAAACCGCUUAUUUCCUACAAAAUUUCGUUUGUCAUAAGGACAAAUGGUAAUUUCGAAAAUUUUAAUAAGAACUUUGAAUAAAAACGUCACCUAUCCGGUGGAUCAGAUCUAUGUAUACAGAUAAUCUGACAAAAUGAUCCGCGUUUAUCUAGUUUCUUCUUUGUCACGUAUUAUCAAUCUAUAUUAGAAUGUUAUUUGACGUGUUUAAGUUACAUGGAUAAAUGUGAAACUAUCCGAUACUUGCAAUUUCAAAUUCGUUCACGUUUAGUAUCGUCGUGUGAGAUGAAUUUGUCAUGAUUGGAUUCGGUAGGUCAUAGGGUUGUUCUGUAGGUGGUUGGCGUGUUGUCCGGCAUAUAUAGUGUAAAGUACUGUAGAGAGUCGGAAGGUUGUGCGCUCGCGCGCUCACCUAUGGAUGGCGAGUCGAAUGGUUCGUGUCUGCGUAUCACUGCGUGUAUGUUUAUAUACCUACGACUACAUGUUUGUCAGUGUGUACGAAAGGCGAAAGUUCGAUGUAUAAGUUGUAGGUAUAGAUGUAGGUUUGGUAGGUUUGUGAAGGUUGAGUGAGGAGAGGUACGGCGGAGGGCUGACUGGCUGACUGGCUGGCGCUCGGACGCGGUGGCUGGCGAGUGCAGAUCAACUGUACAGUGGUGGCCCCAUGGAAGGCACGCUGGAAGAACCCCCUAUUAAGGACUCAUCUCAGACCAGUCCUGAUAAGGUUCUCAAAGAUGUGAUUCCAAAUGGGGUUAAUGGAAAUUAUAAUGACAAGGAAGAAUUCAUUGAUGCUGACACUAAUAUAUCCAAACUUGUGUCAAAAGAAAUUAGUGUAGUAAGGGAGCAAAGAGAGGCAAAUGGAAAAGAAGAUGAUGAGGACAAACACAGAAUGGAUGUUGAAAUGGAAGAAAGGGGUCUAGAACCUGAAAAUAGUGAACAGAAUGGGAUAGCGCAAAAUAGAAGUAAAGGGAGUGAAAUGUCAGAGUCAGAAAAUGACUCUAAAAUGUCUAAAUCUCCAGAGGGUGUCAGUGACAUAAACAAUUUUAGUGAAGUGUCCAAGACUGAAGAUAAGUGUAGAAACACAUCUUGUGAGGCUAUGGAAGUUGAUGAACAGAGUAAUAACUCGGAUGUUGAAUGUCUUGACGAAAACAUAACAGAAAUACACUCUGAUAACGAUGAUGUGUUCACUACAAAAGCUUCUGCCCUUAAAGAUAAUAAUUUAUCAGGCAGUAGUGAUAUCCAACUUAAUGACAGUAGCGAAAUUGCUGAUAGUAGUAUGGAUACAUCUGAUGUGAAAAUUUGUGAAGAAAACGGUAGUUGCGAUAGUCCUGAUAUUGAAGAAAUAACUGAUAGUGCAAAGAAUGGUCAUAAUACUUCACCAGAACGUAUUAAUAAAGACCCAAAACAAAGAAAACAAAGAAAGCAAGUAGAUCUUAGUAGUAUUACACCAAGAAGAAGUUCUAGAAAUAUAAAGAGGACAAGUUACAUAGAAAAAGAAAUAGAAGAAGAGGAAGUAGAUGAUGAUGGCUCAGAUAUUGAGGAAAUUAAGCCAGAAGAUCCUUUGGCUGGUAUUGAUAGUAAAGACAAAGAGAAUUCUAAACUAAAGUCACCAGUCAAAAAUAGUAAGACUACUAUUGUAGUCAAUGAUACUAAGCGGUUAGUAGAAAUAGCUGCUGGUAGCAAAUCUGUAAAAGGAGGAAAGAAAGAACCUACCUUAGUUAUUAUAGAUACAAAUUCUAUACUUUCUGGACGUGGUGGUGUUCCUGUGAGUAGCAGUAAACCUCAUCACACUGUUUCUAGUACUAGCUCAUUUUCAGUAGUUCCAGUGGGGAUGACUACACAAACUAUGUAUCCUAAUAUGAGGACGACUAUUACACCAGUGCCCAUGACAUCAAAAACUGCACAGCUAAGUCCUAAAACUACUAGUAUGACAACCGUAACACCUACGGUUACACCUCCAAUAUUACCUACUUUAAGCGAUGACAUGUUUGUGGUAGAAGCGCCAUCUUUUAUAGUACCAUAUGUAUAUGAAAAACCACCUCUGAAACCCUUAAAGGAGUUCGUCACAAAAUUGGAGAAAUGCUUAGAGGAACAAGAAAAAGACGAGAGAAGCAAAAGAAGCAUAGAAGAAAAUAAGGGAGAGGAAUGUGAUGAGGAUUCACUGGAUAUAAUUCAAAAAAAUAAAGAUAAAAGUGAUGAAAGUGAAAAUGAAGGAACUUGUAGUAAGAGUAAAAAGGAUGAAGACAGAGGUGAUAAUUCAGUAGAUAUAACUGAAUCUGGAUUUAGUAAUAUAAGUGAUAAACAGGAUAUACGACAAGACGAUAGGAAUAAAGUACUGACAUAUUUUGAUUUACCACUGGGGAAAUUUUUCAUGCAAAUUGGAGUGAAUCUUGUUCAGGAAUAUGUGCAAACUGAUCUUUUACGGACUCAAAAACGUAAACAGGGAAAAAGUAGCACAUCGGCUGAAACUCAACUAGCUAUAAAUUCACUCAUUAAAAAUCUAGAAUUUAGUAAAGAAAAUAAUGAACCAUUCCAUUUAGAACAGAAAAAAUGUGAAUUCUGUAAUUUUAAAACAGAAUCAACUUUAGUCAUGCAACAUCAUUUAGAAACUCCACAUAUGCGCAAUUACGUCUACAAGUGUAAUUUUUGUCCGACUGAAAUGCGUAGUCCCCACGACAUAUUAUACCAUAUGGAAGCAGAACAUAAUACUCGCGGGAGGUUGGAGCGGGGUCCAGCUUUUCAUCAAUGUCCUAAUUGUCCGUUUGAAGACAACCAGAAAGGCAAACUAAAUCGACAUAUACUUGCUUGUACUAAGAAAUUCAGAUCGGAAAAGAAUCUAGAACCAGGUGCUGAUUGGGAACCUCCAGCAAAAAUUCCACGAUUCAAUCGAACAAGGCCUGUUGGGCCAACUAACCCCAGUGCACUUGCGAUGGCAAUGAGUGGUAAAGGACCUCAACCACUUUUACCAAAAUUACUUCCUGCUCCAAUCACUGGUCGUGGAAGAGGACGGCCGCCUAUGCAACCAAGAUAUUCAGAUUUGAAAACAUUACGACCGGGUGGUACGACAAUGCGUCAGGAUAAUGUUGCAGGAAUGAUGUAUCGUCCAACAUCGUCUGGCUUAUUAGUCCCUACUUCAUACCGAUUUGGUAGUAAUCAAAUAUUUCAGGUGGUGGGUGGCUCUGGGACUGUCAUGUCGGCUGUCUCGGGAGUGAGUAGCAGUAGCGGCGGCAGUUCCGGUCAACCCACACCCAUUGCACUUGUACCCAACGUAAUCGACUCUCUCUCUAGAUUGUCCUCAUCACAGAAUACAACAGCAAGUCCCAAAAAUCCUACUGCAAAAUUGUUAAGUCAACCAAGUAUAUCUAUAACUCCAUUACCACGUACAACAUCUCAAACCUCCAUCCCUGGUUCUGGAACUUCAUCAAAGUCUGGAGAAAAAACUACAUUUGUCAUAUGUGAAAUCUGCGAUGGUUAUAUUAAGGAUUUAGAACAACUACGUAACCAUAUGCAAUGGAUUCACAAAGUAAAAAUACAUCCAAAGAUGAUUUAUAGUAGACCUCCAUUGAAUUGCCAAAAAUGUCAAUUUCGGUUUUUCACAGAUCAGGGUCUGGAAAGACAUUUACUUGGGUCUCAUGGUUUGGUUACAUCUAGUAUGCAAGAAGCUGCAAAUAGAGGAAAAGAUGCAGGUCGCUGUCCCGCUUGCGGCAGGGUAUAUCAAUGGAAAUUACUAAAUCAUGUUGCGCGAGAUCAUGGAAUGACAUUAAAACCAGCGCAUCUAUCUUAUAAAUGUACAGUUUGCACUUCCACGUUUGGAAUGUAUAAGCAGUUUGAAAAUCACGUAUAUUCGGCACAUAGUGGCGUAGCUAAAAGAGUAAUGGAUAAGAAGAAUACACCUUCAUCUCCAUCGUCCAGAUCCAAUGACUCCCUUCUGAAACCAUUGAAGAUUAAUGAUGAAAUUACGAUUAUUCCACAACCAGCAAAACCUACAACCAGGUCGGGUACAUCUCAAGGCAGAGGAAAAUAGCAAUGAUCAGCAGAGUGAUACAUGUGUCUUGUCUUAAUGAAUUUCACCUAAUUUUGUGGUACUCCAUACCAGUCAUUGUAGUAUACAAUGAUUGACGUACCGUGUACAUGUGUAUGCAUAUUAUGCUUAAGACGCAAUUACAACACAUAAACAUACAACUCUGAGCAAAAAAAUAGUUGAUUGCGUAAUAAUAUUCCAUCAAUGAUUAUACCGAUAUAUUUAUUUAAGAAUUUUUAUUGUUGUUAUCAGACAUAGAUAAAAUAGACUGUAAAAAUAUUAAAGGGUGGCCUUCAGUCUAAUUCCUUGGUUAAUCCUAGAGCUGCAUAUUCCUGACCUACUACACGCCUAUAAAAACCUAUAAAUACGAAGUAUAUUUACAUUUUAUGCGACACUCACAUGUCAUAUUGCGAAUCUUGGAUAGUAAAUUCACUAAUAAUAUAAAUUCUUUUUCUAAGGACAAAUAUAUUUGAAUUAAUUCUAUUUUGUUAUUAAUCCUAAUACGAUUACGUAAGACAAUGAACGAUAAACUGUCCUUACUCCAUAUAUUCGAUGUGUCUACACGUCAUGUUGCGAAGAAAUUUCUGAACGAUAUACCAAAUAAAAAAUUGUACUAAUUAAUGGGAGUGACCUAAAACUUUCGCAAUGUCUUUUGGUAAAUAAUAAGUAUUAUUUACCAAAAAAAUGGGUAAAUAAAUGGGAAUAAAUUUUCUCCAUUUUUUUCCAACACAUACAUAUUUUUGUCUUCUUUUCAAAUUUGGAAUCAUACUUUUAAGCGAUGAAUGUGGAAUAUAUAAUUCUCUGUUUAAUUUGUAACGUUUGAUAAAGUUGUGUGUAUGAAGUAAGUUAUAAAAUCAAAACAUCUUUUGAAGUUGUAAAUUGUAUCUAUUGCUAUAAGUUUAAAUUUUUCGUGGCAGACGUUAUAAUAAAAUAUUAAGUUUUAUUUUUGCGCUCUUAUAUAAACAAAAAUGUACAUUAAUAUAGAAUAUAAUAUAAACGACUAUAUCAAUAAAAUAGGAUGACACACA